AUGACCAAUUACAUCGAUACUUACCUGUGCGACGAAACAUUCCUGCUGGGGCAGCUACGGUGCUACUCGCAGUACUUCGGAGAUCCCCGGAUCGAGCUUCAACAGAUCGAAGCCGCAGCUCCUGGGGUCUUGAUUGCCAACGCAACCCUGAGUAUUACUGUGACGAAGCUCGCACUACGGCAUGCUUUUCCACAUCUUCUGGUGUAUAAAGGAACUUCCGCAAGCAAAAUAGCCUCGCUGAGGGAUCGACUCAUAGGUCGUCGGCUCGACUGCAGUGUUUCGAUGAAUUUCAUGUUUGAUGGAGAGACAGGCCGUGUGGCUACAAUAGAGACAUAUAUUGAUCUCAUGGCGGCAUUGUUCCGGGUGCUGGGAAGUCUGGAGAACGUAUCUCAAGUGCUAGAUCACGCUCUUGUAGGGUAA